AUGGCUCAACCAGGUUCUGGUCAAGAGUUUACUUUACUUGACACGAGCAUUUCCGAGCUGCUGAAUGCACUCUCCUUGGGAUGGAUCACCAGCGUGGAAUUGGUCUCGCUCUAUCUACGGCGGAUCAGUGUCUACGAUGCCAACGGACUAAAGCUCAGUGCCAUCCCAAUUCUCAACCCAUCAGUCUUUGACGAAGCAGGCGAAUCAGAUGCUAGGCGUGCAGCGGGGCUGCCUCCGCGACCACUAGAAGGGAUUCCUUACCUAGUGAAAGACAGCAUCAAAGUGAAAGGCAUGACAGUCGCCAACGGGUCACCUGCUUUUCAGAAGCUCGUUGCGAAUGAAGACGCGGUCUGCGUGCAGAUUCUCCGGGAUGCUGGCGCGGUCCUUCUCGGGCGAACCAACAUGCCUGCCAUGGCGUAUGGUGGCAUGCAGCGCGGAAUAUGGGGACGUGCCGAGAGUCCGUAUAACAGCGACUACUUGGCAGCAGCUUAUGCCUCGGGAUCAUCCAAUGGAUCUGCUGUUGCCACAGCUGCGAACUUCUGCGCGUUCUCUCUGGGAAGUGAGACUGUUUCUUCUGGCCGCUCACCUGCGUCAAACAAUGCAAUUGUUGCAUACACGCCAUCAAAGGGAUUGCUUCCACUUCGGGGUGUAUUCCCUCUCUACCCGACCUGCGACGUCUUGGUUCCUCAUACCAGAACUGUUGAGGAUCUUUUCCACGUCCUCGAGGUCCUGGCUGUUCCUGAUUCGGCACCAGCUGGAGAUUUCUACAAUGAACAACCAUUCAUCCAAAUUCCUUCGAUAAAGACUAUUCGACCACAGUCUUUCAUGACAUUCAAGGAUAAUUCCUCCUUGAAGGAUAAGCGCAUAGGUGUACCUUCAAUGUACAUCGGUGGCGAUGACUCUUCCAUCUCCCCCGUCAGCAAAGUGAAGACGCGGCAGUCAAUCAUCAAGCUGUGGCAAGAGGCCAAAAAGGUGCUAGAAGAAUGCGGCGCCGAAGUCAUUGAAACCGACUUCCCCCUAGUGACAACCUACGAGUCAAACGCUGCAACGGGUCAGUUAUUCACCAUUGCAAAUCUUCCAGAAGGCUGGGCAGGCAAGGAAAGAUGCGAGGUCGUCGCCCACUCGUGGGAUGAUUUUCUCGUCGCAAACGGUCAGGAAGGCCUAGCGUCUCUCACAGAAGUUGACCCUGCAACAAUCUUCCCACUCGCACCGGGCUCCCUCCGCGGUAAUCCCGAGGUAGUAAACAAGCUAUCUUGGGAUGAGAUCGUAGCAUAUCCGCACUCCAAGCCUUCUUCCAUCUGCGAAAUUCCGGGAAUCAAGCAGGCAAUCCAGGCACUCGAGGAUGCCCGAAAAGAAACUUUCGAGAACUGGAUGGAUAAGCUCGGCCUCGACGCGGUGGUCUUCCCAGCGAACGGUGAUGUUGGCGCUGCGAAUGCCGAUAGGGAUGAAAAAGCAUCUCUCUUUGCCUGGAGCAAUGGCGUGAAAUACUCUAAUGGCAAUCGACCGAUUCGUCACCUCGGUAUUCCAACAAUUUCAGUUCCAAUGGGCGUGAUGGAGGAUACGAAGAUGCCAGUGAAUCUCACUUUCGCAGGCAAGGCAUACGAGGAUAACGAUCUCCUGCGCUAUGGAUAUGCCUUCGAGAUGGCCUCCAAGUGCCGAGUUCAACCUGCUGCUGUACCAAUUCUGCCUUCGGACCGGGUACCAAUUAGCAGUAUACCGCGUAUUCUCACAUCCCAGCUCCCGCUUGAACUGGUGGUGGAAGAGCAGUAUGAGAAGGUUCAAGAUUCACAGGUCGUUGUUCAUAUCUGUGGAUCUGUUCGGCGUGCCAUCGAUACCACUCGUUUACUUCAUCCCCUUCCCCCAGUGCGCUUGAUAUGCUAUGUUAAUGGAAAGCCAUGUGAUGCUGUUGUGAAUGGCGAGGAUUGGUUUCUAAAAACAGCUCAUCAGGCUUCCGAGCGGGCAGGUCAGUGGGAGAUGUGGGAGAGUCCAGCAGUGCACCAGACGAUCGUCAUAAUCACGGCACAUAGUGACGGUUUUGCGACUGAUGGGAAGCUGGUUCUCUUUAACAACGGCAAUUCUCUUUAA